AUGGAGCCCCAGGCACCCCCCAAACGGAUGACGCGAGCCAGAGCCGCGGCAGAGGCCAGCGUCGACACCACCGCCUCGGCCGCCCGAGCUGCUGCCACGCGAGCAAAGGCGUCCACCGCCGCAUCCAAGGCCAGGUCUUCCGUCCGCUCCACGGCCACGGCCACGACCGCGUCUGUUGCUGCCAAGAGAAAGAUCCGGUCCGACGAAGUCGAGACCGACAACGAGCAAGACGAGCUUGGCCUGCUGCGUGCACAACCACACAUCAUGAAGGCUGCCCGUGGUGUUCGUGGUCGGACUAAGAAGACGGCCACCGAUGCAGAUGCACAUGAUACCACAGCUGCAACCGAAGCAGCAGCCCCAACGACACGUCCUCACCGGGGUCGACCACCCAAGAACACAGUGACGUCUGAGCCGUCGACAGCACGGACGACGCGGACUAAAAAGACAGCAAAGGGAGAUGUGGAUGGUGCUGAGGAAGCAGUCGGUAGUGCCAUGUCUACAACAGCAGCUACAGCCGCGAAGAAGACGACGCGCACACGUACAAAGUCCACAACGACAUCGACAGGGCCGACCAUUUCUGUCCGCACAGCUGCAGCCACGGUUUCCAAGUCAACCGCACCGAAGAAGAGGGUAACUUUUGAGGAGCCCGAGAAGGAAAAUAUCGCCCCAAAGAUGACAGUCAAGACGGCCAGAUCGACUGCCGCUUCAAAAGCAUCCGAACCCUCCACAGGCUUGCGGGCUCAGCCAACCCGCCGAGCAGCAUCAUCAACAGCACCAAAGCCCGCCACGGCUGCACGCUCUGCCCGCACCGUCGCCUCUGCUCGUGGCAAGUCUGCUGCCGCAGGCUCGGGCGAGACGAAGGUCGAGAAGCCGAAGCCGCCAACGCCGCUCAGCCCUAAGAAGGUGACGCAGGUGCGCAUGGCGCGGGACGACGUCGAAUCUGAGGACGAGCUGGGCGCGACCGACAGCCAGCCGGUCUAUGUCAAGCCCCUGCUGAGAAGCCCCUCGCGGCCUGGCCUAGGCCUGGGCGCCCAGGAACGUGCCAAGACGUUGACCGGAGCCGGUCUGGACCUCGAGUCAGCGUCGCGCGACAUUGGUAGCGGUCUUCCGAGCGAUGGCGUCCUGGCUGUGUCGGCAGAGCUCACAGGCACGAUUCUGGCCAGUCCGGCACGCCGGCCGCCUCCAUCUCCAGCCAAGGACGGGCUGCUGCGUUCGCCGGCUCGCCGACUGGAUGGAGUGGUGCCACUGGACACGGCGGCUUCCACGGUCAACCCGACGCUGAGCAGGGGUCCGCUCUUGCUAUCGCCAGCAAAGCGGUUCCCCAUCCCGGCAAAGAGCAGUGGCGGUAGCCUCGAGGAUGCCACGCGCUCGCCCUCCAAAAUGUCCCUUCUUCAGACGCCGGCAAAGCGGCCUGCAUCGCCGGUCAAGGCCGCUAUUUUCCUGCAGAGACCAAACAUGAAGCCGUUGGCAGUAUCAGACAUUGCAGAGGAGCUGGCCACGUCGCCGGAGCUGGAAUCGGCUCUGCUGGCUCCCCAUUCGAGCACGCCAGCUCCGGACGACGAAGAUGAUGCAGAUGACGCCGAUGACACCGAUGACACCGACGAUGACGACGUCGAGGACGCCGACUCUCUGACACAGAUGCUCAGCGAAAUGGCAUCGAAUGCAGCCGCACUACGGUCGGACUCGCCAACACGCCUCCGGUCGCGUGACGUACAUGCUGCAGUGGCGGGCCAGAGGUCCCCUGGACUGACGGACAACAACACUGCCGAGUACGAGGUGCCCAUGCCAGCCGAGGAGGACCCGAUGGAGGUUGAUGGACCCGCUGUGGGCACUGCUCCCGCCAUAACGGCGGCCGUGCCCGCUGGAGGAGCGUUUGGACUUCGUGCACGGGACCUGACAUCGUUUGGUGCUGAGUCAGACUCUGAAGACGAGCCAACACCACGGAUCCCGUUCUUCUCGGCUCCACCAGACGCGGCUCCCGCAACGCCGUGCCCGGCUGGAAAGACGGGAAAGCGGAGAAUGUCGAGAACACGAUCGCCGUCGAGCAGGAGGGGCCGUGAAAGCUUGGAUGGUCGAAGCAGCGCGAAGCGACUUAGAGUGAGCAAGCUUGGCUUCACGCCGUUGGCCGAGCAGCUGAACAGCUGGAAGGCCCACAGCCCAGCGAAGACGGACGUAGCAGCAGAGCCGUCUAUCUUUUUUGAAGAGGCCAUGGCUGGCCAGGCCGUCAGCUCUCCGACCGUUCAGGGGCAAGACAGCGUGGAGGAGCAGGCUGCGACCGUCGACAGCACGAUACUGUCGGCUGCAGCGGAAGUGCUACCGCCCAUCUUCGACAACGUGUCGCUCACGCAGGAGGACCUGGAGCUGGCGGAUGAGGCCAACGACAUGUCUCUGAUGGAGACGGAGGAGAUGGCAGACGUGGUACAUCUGACGCCGAGCGCGGCCGACGAGUCGGAAUCUGAGGACAGCCAAGAGUACGGUGACGAGAAUGCAAUUCCGAUCGACCCGGCUCUGAUGGAGCAGAACGCAGCUGCAGUUUCUGCCGCGGUGCCGCCGGUGACGCCGCAGCGGGUGAUGAUGCACACAUUCCACACGGUGUCCAAGGUGCCGCUCAAGGCAGCCGACGAGUCAUCGCCACAGUCGACGAUGCGCCGCCGCAGCUUCAGUGCGCCUCGUCGGCGUCCCGCCGCCAGCAAGACGGCUAGUGAGAGCAGCAACGAUGGCAGCAGCACCUGCGGUCUCACGCGGAACGGAACGGUGAUCUCAUAUUCGCCGACGAAGAAGGAUCGCCGGCGCGACAGCCGGCGUCAGAGCCGUCGGGACUCGUUUGCCGGUGAGGCGGCCGUGGCCGAGAUGGUGUCAGACGAGGAGCGAGAAAUCGUCCGUAGCCUGACCAACUCCCCUGCGCCAGCAACACCGGCAAAGUCAGAUGGCGGCUGGUCGGUGGCAGCGACGCCUGCCCGCACGCCGCGGCGAGACAUCGACCCGGCGUUGCUUCGUGGAGCUGUCGUCUUCGUGGACGUCUACACAACCGAAGGCGCUGAUGCCAGCGGCAUUUUUGUCGAGCUGCUCACGCAGAUGGGUGCACGCUGUGUUAAGCACUGGCCGUGGAACCCUGAGAGCGACAGCAGCAGUUCGUCUGCUGCCGAUUCGACGUCCAGAAUUGGCAUCACGCAUGUCGUCUACAAGGAUGGUGGCAAGCGCACGCUGGAAAAGGUGCGCGAAAGCGCGGGUGUGGUGCAGUGUGUUGGUGUCAGCUGGGUUCUUGACUGUGAGCGGGAAAACCAGUGGCUGGACGAGGCGCCUUACUAUAUCGAUACAUCAGCGAUGCCACGUGGUGGUUGGCGGCGCAAGAGCAUGGAGCCGCGGGCUCUUGCGAACAUGAACGGUAUGAUAGUGACGACACCGGCAAAACAAACCAACGUGGCGUCGAGCUACCGCGACUGCCGCACGGCACCAAGCACGCCGGCCAAUGAAGCUGUCGAUGAGUACGAGGACGGUGAAGGCGAGGUGGAAGGACCGUCGGAGUGGAUGUUGACGGCAGUGCCGAAGACGCCGGCACCCGAGGCAAUUGCGCGGUAUGCAGCAGCACUCUCGCCGUCGACGCCGCUGAGCGACGAGGAGGAGGACGAGGACACGAUCAUGUCGCUGCACGACGAGCAGUCAACGCUGUUGACGCGCACAUGUCCCCCCAAAAACACAUGUUAUCGCGAGCUGGGCGCGGGCAUUCUGUCGCGUGAAAAGGACGAGGGCGUGCUGAUGCGGCUGAUGUCGGCACGGCGGAAGAGCCUGCAGUUUGCGCCCAAGAUUGCCAGUCCGCUGUCGAAGGCAUGGUACUAG